UCACCAUCAUAACAGUUCAGUCGCACACUCGCAGGAAACCGCCUCGCCUGUCUCCUUGACACACCCUUAGCUAUUGUUGGCAAAGUACGCGCGCGACAACCUUGACAUUCCCACACGCGCGUUCAGUUGCACGGUGAAAUCUUGUACUUCGUGGAUGCAUAAUUCUUCUCAGGAAAAAAAGGAAAGAAGGACAAGCCAUUUAUGCGGAUAAAGGAAGAUGCACAAACGCCGAGCAGAGUGCAGGUAAACACAGGCACGGCCAUCGCGCAUCCCCGAUAUAUGCCCACACUACCGCACAUCACACACUACGCACAGACACACUCCGCUCAUCAACUUGUAAUGAGAGAUCGCUGCGCAAAGCCGUGCAUUUUUCCUGGAAACGGCGAGGAAAGUACUCUUUAUGUGAGAGAUGACUGAGUGAGUUGCGCGGAUGUUGGAGACAUGGAGAAACGGGCUCUUGUAACGGCGAUCAGCUUGUCCAUGAGCUUGCUCGCGCUCACGCUGCUGGUCACGGCGAUCUUUACCGACCACUGGUACGAAACCGACACCAGGAGCCACAAGGAGAACUGCGACCAAUACGGGUCGGAGUCCAACGACCAGAAGAACAGGGAGAUGCCCAUCUAUCACCUGCCUUUGGUGGACAGUGGGGACGCGAAGCGCAACCUGGCUCUCAUGAAGCCCAUCCACGUAGGGAGUCGAGAGGAGGAACUGCUGGAGAACUGGAGAGCGAUUUUGGGCAUGGGCAUUUUGGAGACGGAGUGCGGGCGCCCGCUGUUCUCCACCUACUCUGGACUUUGGAGGAAAUGCUUCUUCCAGGGAAUGGACAGGGAUAUUGACAAACUCAUUUCUAAGGGUAUUGCAGACCGAUGCACAUCUGUCAAGUACCAUUUCUCCCAACCCAUUAGACUCAGGAACAUCCCUCUCAACCUGACAAGGACCAUACAGCAGGACGAGUGGCACCUCUUACAUCUGAGACGCAUUACAGCGGGGUUCUUGGGCAUGGCUGCUGCCGUGAUGCUGUGUGGAAGCAUUGUGGCCGCCGUGGGAUUUUUCUGGGAGGAGAGCCUCACCCAGCAUGUGUCUGGACUCCUGUUCCUUAUGGCAGGAAUCUUUUGCACAAUCUCACUGUGUACCUACGCUGCCAGUGUCUCAUACGACUUAUCCAGGAACCCUCCCUUCAUCUACGGUCUGCCCAGUGAUGUAGACCAUGCGUACGGGUGGUCCAUCUUCUGUGCAUGGGUCAGUCUGGGCCUAACAGUGGCGUCAGGUUGCAUCUGUACAACUUAUCCCUUCCUGAGCCGCUCAAAGGCUCUUCGCUCCAAAACAGCAAGGGAAUCGUCUGUAUGAGCACGGCCUGGAAUACUCAGCACAACAUUAAUCAGCACUUGGCGCUUUAGUAAAAUGGGUUCAAGUGGGACUUCAUGCUGUAUGGAGCCGUUUUGAAUGUCUUGUAGAUUUCUGAUACCUUUGUUGGGCUCAUGAAAUGUAUUGGUGUUAUACCUAACUGGUGUUAAGACAAGACUGUUGCAUUUUCUGUGUCUUCAACACACAUUUACUUACGAAUCACACACACUCACA